AUGUCGAGCCGAUUCUUCCGCGCAAUUUCUGACUCGGAAUCCGAGUCUUCGGAGGAGGAAGAACUCCUGUCUGAUAAUGAACAAAAAGAGGUAAAGCCCAGCACGAAGAGCAAGGCUGGUCGUGGCAGUGAUGACGAUGAUAGCGAAGAGGACGAUAGUGAGGAAGACGAAAGUGAGGAAGAUGAGGACGAGGAAGACGAGGAGGAAGAAGCACCUCAGCAGGCCCGCAAGCCAAUGUCGCGAUUCAUGCGCGAUGUAGACGAGAGUGAAAGUGAGAGUGAAGAGGAAGCGCCAAAGGUAAUCAAGAGUGCUAAGGACAAGCGACUGGAUGAGUUCCAGAACUCGGUGCAUUCGAUAGAGAAUGCUCAGCGCAUUGAUGACUGGAUGACCAUUUCGAAGGAAUUUGACACACUCUUGCGUUUGUGUGACCGGCAGCGCACCUUGAAUGAAUCGAUUCCCUCAUCGUUCGUAAAGUGUCUUGCGUCGCUUGAGACGUUCCUUGCCGAAACACUUGCGAACAAGGAAGCGACGAAAAAGAUGAAGGCGCCCAAUGCCAAGUCCAUGAACGGCAUGAAGUCGAAGCUGAAGAAGGUCGUGAAGGACAAUGAGGCGGCGAUUCAGCAAUACCGCGAAGAUCCAGAGGGUUACGAUGCUAAGGUUCAAGCCGCCCAAAGUACGCCGGCUGUGCCUGAAAUGCCCUCGCUGAAGCCCAAAAAGACAGACACAGUGACCUCUGCAGCACCUGUGGUCGCGCCAAGCGGCGAAGCUGCUGGCGGUGCUGGCGACGACUUCCAGACUGUUGGCCCAGGCGGCAAGGUGGUCAUGACGGCGGACGCUCUGUUCAAAGGCUUGGCGGCUGUUCUAGAGGCUCGUGGACGAAAGAGUACGGAUCGAGGCGAGCAGAUUAGCACAUUGAUGAAGCUGUAUGAAGGAGCACAGACACCAUACCAACGUAUUCGUGUGCUGUUGACACUGGUUGCUGCCCGCUUCGACUACAGUACAUUGGCUAGUACUCAUAUGCCCAUCGACAUGUGGAAGCAAGCGCGCGAUGAGCUGACGACGUUGAUCAAGCUUUUGCUCGAGAACCUGUCUUACGUGGUGCUGGAAGAAACCGACGAUUACGAUGACCAGGUAGAGCGGAAGCCCAAUGAGAAUGGAGAGGGAGAAUUUGUCCCGGUGCGUGGUAGUGUCGUGUCAUUCAUCGAUCGACUUGAAGACGAGUUCACCAAGAGCCUGCAAAACACAGACCCCCAUGCGACUGAAUAUGUGGAGCGUCUGUGUGAUGAGAAGCUGCUUUACCAAACAAUAGUACUGGGUCAGGGCUACUUUGAGACCGUGCUUGCGCAGCAGCUACCAGAAAAGAUGGCGCUGAUGGUUUCUGAACCUCUUCGCCGCUGUGUUAUGCGCCGUCUCGAGCACAUCUACUCGAAGCAGGAUGUGAUCAUUCUAGCUCUAGAGACGGCAAACCACGAGGCACAGCCAGAUGCGCCAUCAUCGCGUAUCACGCCUUCAUUUGAGGAAGUUCGCGCCCGCGAGGAUGGGCCCAUGCAUCUCGUGCAUGCCCUUUGCGUGUAUCUUUAUCAGCGGAUCGAUGACACAAGCGAGCGCCAACGCACGCGCGCUAUUCUUUGCCAUGUCUAUCAUCACGCACUGCAUGCAGACUAUUAUGUCGCACGUGAUCGGUUCUUGAUGAGCCACUUGCAAGAGUCGAUUCAUCUGGCUGAUGCUGAAACACAGAUACUGUACAAUCGCGUGCUUGUGCAACUGGGUUUGUGUGCAUUCCGGGUGGGACUGAUCCGUGAGUGCCACACGGCACUGCAAGAGAUAUUUGCAACGGGACGAGUGAAGGAGUUACUGGCGCAGGGUGUUUCGAAAGGCAAUAUGUACAACGCUGUGUCGACAGAGCAGGAAAAGUUUGACCGCCAGCGCCAGCUGCCGUUCCAUAUGCAUAUUAAUCUUGAGCUGCUCGAAUGUGUGUAUCUGGUGGCAAGUAUGCUGCUGGAGGUGCCAAACAUGGCGUACGCCGGUACGGACAUGGAGCUAAGGAAAAAGGUCAUCUCUCGGCCGUUUAGAAGAAUGCUGGACUAUACUGAUCGACUUGUGUUCACCGGACCUCCUGAAAAUACACGCGAUCAUAUUAUGCAGGCGAGCAAAGCUUUGCAGAACGGAGAAUGGAAGACGUGCGUCGAACUAAUUCAGUCGAUCAAGAUUUGGAAGCUGUUGCCGCAAAAGGAUGUCAUCCUUGAGCGCCUCGCACGUCACAUUCAGGAAAACGGUCUGCGAACAUACCUGUUCAACUUUGCAUCUCACUAUGAUGCGAUCUCGCUAGAACAUCUGGCCACAACAUUCAAUCUGCCAGAGACAACAGUGCGCUCGAUCAUCAGCCGCAUGAUCUGGCACGACGAGCUGGCUGCCUCACUGGACCCAAUGCAUGGUGUGAUUGUGUUCCGUCGCAUGGAACUGAACCGUGUGCAACAACUCUCGCUAGCCCUCGCUGAUCGUGCAAAUGCAAUGCUUGAACAGAAUGAAUGGCUGCUCGACUCGAAGCUCGAUGACCAUCGCUCUAUCCAUUCGGGCCACGGUGGUGAUAGGCAGCAUGCUGGCGAUGCUACCGGUGACCAUGAUGCCGGCCUUGGCAGGCGUGAUGGACGUCGAAAGGGUGGUCGCAGUCGCGGUGGACCUCGCGUUCAGCUUCAAGCGCAAGCUCUAAGCCAAAAAGUGUAA